AGUGCUUACUUUGCUAACGAAAAUUAUUUCGCGAACUCAGGUUGAUUCCACUCUACGAAGUACUAAAUUUGAUUGUACGUUUUUUACGAUACGAAAAACGUUAAUUAUAUAUUAAUCGAUGUUUUGCGUUUGUACUACAUAUUCAGUGGUUAAAUUUGAAUCUAGAAUAGCAUUAAUAUUUCAUAAUUGAGUCGACUGCAUGUGAUAUUUGUUACUCAGAAAAAUUUGAAAAUAAACAAUAAACAACAUGUGAGAACAAUCAUUUUUCACGACGAGUACGGAUCUGUUACCCAAUUGCAGAACGUUGACGAGAGCAGCUGUAAACAAAAUAUGUAUGAACUUUAUUGCUGCAUUCAAUAAGUGCCAUUAUUUGUGUAUUAAACGCUUUCCAUGCGUCUGCCACGAAUAAUCCUUCUCUGGGAAAUAACAUGCGUACUUAUUCCAACUCCAAAAUUCAUCCUGUUCCUUAGUUGACGUUCAGCUGUUUUUCGGGGAGAGUGCUAUUUGGUUUUAUUAACUGUUCUAAGUGGGACUUUUAAAAGACAGAUAAAGGAAAAGUGAUAUUUUGAAUAAAAUGGAUCCCGAUCCAUCUGAAGAAAGUCCACAGUCAUCGAGUAAUAUAGUUUUCGAGGCUGCAACACAAACUCCCACAAAUGAACUCUGCGACUCGCCUCUUUUCACACAGAAAGGUUAUUGCUUGAAAACAUCAGGACAUAGUGUCCAAGCCCUUACGAAUAUACAUAAAAUGAAGCAGCACGGUCAACUUUGUGAUAUUACAUUAAAAAUAGGAUUAGAAAAAUUUAGAGCCCAUAAGGUCGUUCUAGCAUCAGUUAGUCCAUAUUUUUAUGCAAUGUUUAAUGAUAUGAAAGAACAUCUUCUAUCAGAAAUUGAGAUCCACGAUUUGGACUCAACAGCAAUUUCUCUCCUGAUAGAAUACGCUUAUACGGGACAGAUAACUGUAACACCAGAUAAUGUUCAAGUAUUGUUGCCGGCAAGCAGCUUACUUCAAAUGCAAGAAGUCAGAGAAGCUUGCUGCAGAUUUUUACUACGACAGUUGCAUCCCACAAAUUGUUUAGGAAUCAGAAGUUUUGCAGAUACACAUUCUUGUAAGGAAUUACAUUUAAAAUCGCAUGUAUAUGCGUUACAGAAUUUUCAGCAGGUAGUUGGUACAGAAGAAUUUCUGCUGCUUCCAUUCGAAGAGGUUAACGAAUUAAUUUCUAAUAGUCAACUGAAUAUCUCUUCCGAAGAGAAUGUUUUCACUGCUGUUUUAAAUUGGGUGAAGCAUGAUCUGGCAGAGAGGAGUAAAUAUAUAUCCAGGUUAAUGCAGCACGUGAGAUUACCAUUGGUGAAUAGGGAAUUUCUUAUGACUAGAGUGGACAACGAAAAAUUGAUAAGAGACAACAACGACUGUAGAGAACUACUUUUAGAAGCUAUGAGAUAUCAUCUAGCGCCGGAACGAAGAUGUGUUCUAUCUAGCUCUAGAACUUUGGAAAGAAAACCUAACGGGGCUCAACCAUAUCUUUUUGCAAUAGGUGGAGGAUCAUUAUUCGCAAUACAUUCUGAAUGUGAAGUUUAUAAUCCAAAAUCUGAUUCUUGGUCAACAAUAGCUCCGAUGCAAUGGCGACGAUCUAGAUCGGGUGUAACUGGUUUAAGACGACUACUUUACGUUGUCGGAGGAUACGACGGGGCAUCAGAUAUGGCAACAGCAGAAUGUUACAAUCCCUUAAGUAAUAGUUGGUCCCCAAUCACUCCAAUGGGAACAAAGCGAUCCUGUUUAGGAAUUUGUUCAUUAGAUGGUCUAAUUUACGUUUGCGGUGGUUACGACGGUGCUUCUUGUCUCAGUUCAAUGGAAAGGUUCGAUUCUUUAACAGGAAUAUGGUGUAGUUGUCCCGCUAUGAAUACAAGAAGACGCUACUGUCGAAUAGCCGUUGUUGAAAACUGCAUUUAUGCAUUAGGUGGAUUUGAUUCGACUAACUAUCAAGCAUCUGUCGAGAAAUUUGAUCCAAGAGAAGGUACUUGGCAGUCUGUACCCUCUAUGACUUCAAGAAGAAGUAGUUGCGGCGUAGCUGCUUUGAAUGGUCAGUUGUAUUGUAUUGGAGGAAAUGAUGGUACGAUGUGUAUGGCAAGCGGUGAACGUUUUAAUUUGAGAAGGAAUGCCUGGGAACCCAUCACUUCUAUGAAUAGUCGAAGAUCUACUCAUGAAGUGGUUGCUAUAGAUGGUUUCAUAUACGCUCUAGGAGGCAACGACGGUUCUUCCAGUCUUAAUGCAGUAGAACAAUAUGAUCCUAGGACAAAUAAAUGGACGAUUAUGUCACCAAUGAGCAUCAGAAGAAGUUCUGUAGGCGCUGCAGUUCUAGAAUGCAUAGACAUCGAGCAUGUAUUAAAGCAAACUAGAAAUAGUUGACAUAGAUUAACGAUGUAAGAAAUUAGUUAAAUCAUUAUUUGGCAUUGAAAAUGAAGAUAUUCAACGAAACUUCAAUAAUGUUUUGAGAUUCUUUUACGAAUUUAUAUAUGAGAAAUUCUAAUUCUAGGAUUAUAACAAUGAGAAUCAAUUGAAUUGAAUGCUCAAUAAUUAUGAAAAAUUACCGAAUUUCGAAAUUACUUAAGCUACGACUUAUUUUGAAUAUUUCAGGUGCGUUCUUUUUCAUUUUGUUUUUGUUUCUUACUAUUGUUUUGUGGUUCUUGUCAUUUUCUAAAGUAUAUGUUACAGCUUCGUUUUUUUAAUGAUUUCCUAUUUUAUUGGAUAAUUGAUGUGAAGUGAAUCUUUCAAAUCGUCUCAUUUCUUCAUAGGCGGAUAGUGGAUAUUUUAAUAAUAAUCGCAAAUAUUCGAAUUUAACUAAGAACAUUCCAAAGAUAAAAAAAACAAUCAUUCCCAUUUAAAAGGAAAAGAUCAAGUUGCGUAUUGCUGAUUUGGUGCUAAGUAUAGCCUGUAUAUGUACAUUCGGUGCUAUUGGCACUAGAAAUUAUUCUAAAUGCUUUUUAUCUCUAUAUAUUCUAAAAACAUAUUCGAAUAUUUAGAGAAAAAAUAAUCAGACAGUAGGACACGCCUUCUGUUGAAAUAACGAAAAAGUUAUGCCUCAAAAUUAAGUAUUAAAAGUACGAAACCUCCAUAUUCCCUUGAAGUGUCAGCGACCACUGAGCUCCAGAACGUUACAUUUAGGAUCAUAUGAAAUAGAGAACGAAUAUUUUUAGCAUUCCUUACCCUGAAUUUUCUGGAAGAAGCAGGAUUAAUAGAUCAGCUAUAAACACUGAACAUCCCCAAUGCAACAUCAAAAAGGAGCAUAAUAAAUCCGUUGGGUCUCAGUGUAUAUGAUAACUAGAGUUUUAUAUACUAUUAUAGAGGUCUGGAGACGUUGAGGCAACAAAGAAAUGGUGGCUCUCCCCCUCAUCUCCAAAGAAUUUUCCAAAUAAACUGAACAAUUUUCUUUUCAUUUUCAUUCAAGAAGAAUUUAUAGUGAAAUCACGUUUAUUUUCUUAGAUUUUAACAAAAAUAUAUAAAUAGAAUAUGAAACGAGAAUUAUUUUAAAUUUUAGUGGUAACGAACGGAAGCUGUUUCACCAAUAAAUCGAUAAAUUAAGAUACAUUUUCACGUUUCAAGUAUCAAUUAUGAGGUUUCUUUUUUGUGGAAAUCCCGAUGCUAUAGCCUCGGUUACUCUCCCUUAAAUUCGGCCCAGAGUUUACGUUUGACCUUGAAUAGAGUCGGUGAAAAUUCAAUAAAACAGUUAAUUGAUAUACCUCACAUUGAUUCUUGUUUUCUUCCUACUCUUUUAUACGUUUUUAGUGUCGUUCCGUUAACUUUCUUAUUAAAAACGAAACAAGAUGUGAUGGCUGGUAUCAAACUAAUUUUAUCGUUACUUUAUUUUACAACAUAAAUUUAUCACAAAAAAUAGAAAGUAAAUGUUUUUUAUUCUAAUCUAUCUAAAAACAAAUUAACAAAUAAAAUGAGCAAACCUAAGGUUUUCAACUUUUAUGGAGCAUUGUUUUAUUGGUUGAUUCUCAUUAGAUUAUAAUACAAAUUUUUGUUCUAGGGACAGUUUUUAUAAUAUACAUUUCACAACAUUUCUAUCGCUGUUGAGACUACGAAAAAUUUGGACAAAAAUAUAUGAAAUAGACUUGAAAACUGAUAUACUUCAUUCACAUUAAGAUAAAUAGCGUGAAAUCAUUCUUCAUACAUUUACUUGAAAAAAAAUUGCAUCAGCUUUUGGCUUUUGAAGAGAAAAGUUACUUAAGUACCUAUUCCAAGGAAAUAAUCACCUUUUUAUUUGUAUAAAAUCGCUCUUCUCUAAAUUUCUUUGUGGGGUAUUAGUGUGAGAAGAGAAUUUAGAGAGGGAAGGAUACAAAACGUGAUACAGUUCAGCUAAUUUUCCUGCAACAAUUAUUGACUAAUGGUCGGGCACAUUUUCGUGAUAGUACAACAUGCGGUCUUGUUUUCUUAAUUUUGGUGCAUAAAUAAGCAAAUCGGCAUAAUAUUGGCCGUUUUGGAAUCCCAAAACACUGACCUUAUUGGCCGAAAAAACAGAUUUUGCUUUCUUAGAAGCCGCUGCUUGGGUAAAGUCCAUUCUACUGUAAUACUGUUCAUAAGUUUUAUUUUGUCUGAUUUUUUGAUCAGCUUCAAGUAGUCGUGGCUCGUACUUAUAUUCGACGAUUACUAAGUACCAUGCCACGGAUUAUAUUAACCAUUUCUGGACCAGAAUAUCUCUUGAGGAAGUUUGACCUCCAAAUUUAUUAGUGGUUCAAUUGAACAUCUUUUAUGAAUUAUAUAGAUUGGAUUCUUGUAAAUAUAUAUUCUAAAUGAAAACUAGAAUGCUAAAAACCUUCUGAAAUACUGUGAUCAUAGACUUUUUACUACCAAAAUUUGGUCUAAAUUAAUUAGCAGGCAGAUUUAAAGAGUACAAUUUCUUUCAAAAACUGUUUUGAAAGAAAAAGCUUACAGUAUGUUUAGUUAAUGUUCCUCAAACAAUUUUGAAUUUUUGGAAUUCUUAACGAAGAUACCAAGUCAUAACAGCCAAAACUGUUCCUAAAACAAGAAACCUGGAUUUAUACUUUUAUCAGUACAAAAAUACUGUUGAUAUUUAAAAAGAAAUAUUGUAGGUGUACAUUAGAAAUUUAUAUAAGUAUAUAUAUAUACUUUACUAUAUAAAUUGAUAUGAAGAAAUGAGCGAAAAUAGAUUAUUAACACAUUUGAAACAUAAGAAAAUACUAUGUAGUAUACGUGUAUUAUUCGAUUUAAAAUUCUAAAAAAGCUUUUGUAAAGUGGCUUCAAAAAUCAAUGGUAAAUUUGAUGUGGCUUGUAGGAUUAAAAUUAACAAUAAAACAUUUCUGUGAUAUAAAGUAUUCAGAAGAAAUUGCAAAGGGAACCAAAGAUCGUAUUUUUGUAAUUUCUUUGCUGUUAAAUCACUUUUAUGUUAGAUGUUAUUGAGUAGGACUGCAUUGACAAAACCGAAGUUGUUGAAAUUUCUCAAUCUUUAUCAUUAUUAUUAUAAUCUACUGCAUCCUGGGUCAAUCCACUAUCUAUAAAUAUAAAAAAGAAUGUUUGCCUGUAUGUUCUUUAUGGAUUACUAAACUAUGCAUUUGAUCAUAUGAUGAUAUUAAGCAAAGUUGUUGUGCAUGGGCCAAUGAAGGUUUAUGAGUGGUGCAUUUACAUUUCGAAGAAGAAUUAUGGGUACGCAAAUUUUCAAUGUAAAUUCCUUCGCAGUUUUCAUUUUAAAUCAGCAUUAACUGUCACGACAAUAUAAUAAAUCAAUUGGAAUGAUAGUGGCGCUAUCUGUCGCUAUCAUUAUUUUCCAAACAUAAAUCUGCCACGACUUUGAAAAGCAACCAGACUCUCAUUCAAGACAAUGAUAAACAAUGUUAUCGAGGUAACAAUUUUGGCUGGAAAAUUCAAAAGUGGAGAAGUACUGCUGCCAUGAGCAUAAACUGUCACGGCAAUGACAGUGGCGCUACUUUAUAAUAAAUUUCUCUCAUUUUGAAACUAAUUUCAGUUAUAUUCAAAUAUUUCUAAAUUAUUUCGACUUAUAUCCGUAUUUUCCCAUUAAUUGUUACCUGGAUUCUUCGUUCCAAUAGUAGUUUGUUUAUCAAAUAAUCGUUCUCCUAUACUGCAUUUUCAGUUCGAAUUGUAAGAUUUUCAAUCGAUGUACUGUUUUGAAAUCAAUUAUUUAUUUAGAUAGUGCUUUUUAACCAUCGGCAUUCACACCUACGCUCUACAAAACAAAAAUAUCAGGAUUACAGAUAUAUAUCUAUAUAUAUUUUUUUCCAAAUUUUGCUUUCUGAAUUGUUCAAACAUCCAGAAAUCAUUAUUAGGCCUACAACCAAUUAAAAAGCACCAAACUCCUCAUUUUUUUAUAUAAGUAUUUGAGUUAUUCAUGAAAAAUCGAUUAAAAAUGUGGUUUGUUUCGAGAAAAAUAAAUUUUCUAUCGCGGAUAACCCAAAAACUAUUGAAUUUUCAAAAAAAAAUGCUACGAACCAUUUUUGUUUAAAAUUUGGUCCUCUAUCGAUAUCCGCAGUUAUUUUAUACAUUAAAAUUUUACCCCCUAGUUGGUAGAACUCACCCGCAGGGAAAAAACACACAUCGCCAUAAGGUAGGUUUUGCUUUUUGAUAUAUUCCCUACAUGUUGUCAAAAUUUCAUUGAAAUCGAUAAAGGUUCAUGGAAAUCGAAGGUGAAAACCUUGGUAGCCUAGACUAAAAGAUAAUCAAGAAUUAAUAACCUUUAUAAAGUAGAAAACCAUAAGAUUGAAUUUAUAUUUCGAAGAAGAACUUUUCAACGGAUUUGGAUGAAAAUAGUUAAAACUAAUGUUGUCGAGAAAUGAAGAGAAAAAUUAGUAGCGACAUUCUCGUUGGUUUAAAUCUAGUUGCAUGUUUUAAAUUUUUUCUGAAAAUUGUGGAAUUGAAAACGCAAAUUUUGCGAACAUUUAAUGUUUUAUAGAACUAUUUCAAGAUAGAAAUAAAAUAAACUAAAUUGAAUUAGAAUAGUGUCAGUUUUAAAGUAUUUAAUGUUAUUUUGCUUGAGUUACUUUUUGUACUUUGAUCUCUAUUAUCGAAAUUCCAUGUCCAAUCUAGUAAGUAUGAAAAAGUAUAAGAUUUGGGGUUAGUAAUAAUUAUAAUCAAUUAAGCUUUGGCGUCGGAAAGACACUCUCUCUUAAAAUUUUUCUAAGGAAAACGUUUUAUUAUCUCGACUGAAUUUAUAAUUCUGGCAAAAAUCAAUCGGAAAUCAUUUCGUAAAUGCAAUUGGUAUAUAGAUAAAAACGUAUAUGAAAAAUGCACGUAGGUAUGUGAAUUCGUAGAAUGGUUCAAAGAGAGAGAUUUGCGAACCUUCAUAUUUGUGCAAUGAGAAGAGAAAUAGUUGGUUCGAAAUGUUUCUAAACCAUUCUUCAAAUACGAAUCGUAUACCAGAAGGCUAUCAUCAACAAAUCCUUGUGCAAUAUGCAAAAAAUUAAGCGAAGACGAAGAAACAUUCAAGCAUUUUUAUGUUUUUGAUUUACCACAACUCGGCCUCAUCUCCCAACCUUUGUAUACAUAAUACAUUAGUUUCGAUUGUUGUUGGAAUUGGAUCACUGAUCGAAUACAUAUUCUUUGUAAAUAAAUAAUUUCGACUCUUUCUAAUAGAAUUUGUAUUCUUCAUUUUCUUCAUUUAAAAUACUACGUAUUCUUGUUCUACUAAUACAUUAGUUCAGCAAUCGACUGAUAAUCGAGGAAGUUUUACAGCAAUCAAAAUCCCCAAAGGUAGUUUAAAAUCAAUAAUCUAAGCGAGCAGAAAUAAAACAUUUCUAGUGCUCAAUUUUGAAAUUGGAAAUCAUUGAUUACUGCCUUGGUAACAUUUGCACACUUUCUCGAGAGAGUACUUUUCUAUUUGAUGAUAUUUAUUUCUAUAUCAAGGUGAACUACUUUUAUCUGAUAGAUAAUAAUUCACCAAAGAUGUUUUGGAUAUUAUGAUAAAUCCGUUUAGACAAAAUUGCGGGUUUCAACAAAACACCUUUAACUCAAGCUGAAUAUUCUAAGUAAUUGGAUAACAAUACUUUGAUAAUAUUCUGUAUAAUUCAAAUAGUAUGGAAGAUGCUAUAUGGUGACUGAUAUUUUUUGUUCAAAGUGAAAGAAAAUGGAGGAAAGACAUAAUCUUCCGAUAAUUAUAUAGACAGAGAAUGAAUUUAAAAAUCUAAAUACUGUUUCACAUCACAACAGAUUAUUGUUUUUUCCUUUUUCUAUCUUUUAUAAAUGAUAUGUUCAUUCAUAUUGGAUGAUGUAGCUUACCAUUUUUAUAUAUUUAUAACGCCACCAUUUUGACUUGUGAAAUAUUUUACAGAACUUAUUACGAAGGUCAUUUUUCAAGAACCAUUUUGUAAAAGUGCUUGAGAAAAUUUAACUGGAAUGAAUUGUACGACGAACGACGAUAUAGUCACAAUUAAUAUUCAAACAUUUAUCAAGUCGUUGCACCAUAUUUUGGAUCUAAUGAUUAAAAACUAUGUUGCCUAAACAUUUAUGCAGUUGCUAUUAGUUCAAUUAUUCCAGUGAAGUACUAAGGACCAAUUUUACAACCUAGUGUGAAACUGGAGAUUAAAUUGAGGCUUAAACUAUAGUUUGAACCAAUAAUAAACAAGAUUUCACAGGUCACAGUUAUGGACAUUUUUCUGCCAGUUAUCACUAGCGUGGCAAUAUAAAGUUAUAUAAACAAACAUGAAUAGAGAACAAUUUGCAAUUUCUCAAACAAUGAAGUGGUUUGGGACCAUCUUGUGAAGACACACAAACAAAUGUUUCGAUAGAAACGAAACAAAUUAAAAAAAUAAGUGGGAAUAUUUGUUCUAGGACGAAUAACUUUUUUUUGAGCGCGCCGACAAUAUUGUAAUUGUGGUUUAAUGUAACGUUUAAGGUUCAAACUUCACUUGUAAAAUUGGGCCUAAAUCAAGUAUGUAUGUGAAUAUCCUCAUCGAUUUCAGUUAAGCUUUUAUUCAUAAAGUUGGGCCGGGCAAAAUCAUUCUUUGACUUAAGCAUUUGCUCUUACUUUUACAAAAGACUAUACUAUUCAUUCACAUUUUUAUCAUUCAUUAUACCUUCACCAUAAACUUAAAUAUGCUUCCGGUGAAACAUAGCUACGGCUACGAAGUAGUUUAAUCAUAUAACCAACAUCGACAUAGAUGUGAAACAUUGAAGACUGACCUUGGUUAGGUUAGGUAGGCUGACCUUGGUAUGAUACACGAAUACGAUAUGCAAUCGGGUCUUAGAUCAUAAAUGACCUUCAUAUUAAGAAAUAUUUUGAAUCUUCAUAGAACCAAUUAUUCGUGAAAUGUUGGAUGAAACCUUUUAUAUAUAAGAUAUAUGAAUAACCUCUUGAUUGUACCUACUUUUUAUAGAAUACAUAUUCCAUAUAUGUUAUACUUCUAUAUGGUCAGUGGAAGCUGUUCUGACUAAGAAAGACAGAAGUGCAACGAUUUCUCUAUCCUCCGAGGUUCCAGCUCGGUUCAGCGCAUUCUCAAGCAUGCGCACUAUAGAUAAAGUGUCUCGAACGAGAGAGGUAAAGAAUAUUGUCGGCACCAUAACGUAGGGGCGUUUUUCCCAUACCAACUGUCCAUAUUAUUAGGAGUAUUACAUAUAUGACAUAUUCUUAAAUGUGUGAUGCACUGCCAUUUUUACAUAAAUAGCUUUUUAGCAAAUUUUCAUUAUAGGUAUAUUAUAUUUAAUGUGAUAUUGUUAUCAAUAUUUCAGAUUAAAUACUAUAAAAUUU